UGCACAGGCGCAAAAAGCGAAUCUAUUGUCUUCCGCACGCAAUGUAGGGAGAAGCUGAGACUGAGCGAUUAUGAUAGCAACGGGGAGCGGCACACACUGACCCGAAUCCAGCCGAGUCUGGGGGGGUGGGGGGCUUAGGGGUUGAAAAUAAACCUGACACCGACAUAGGCGGCAAGGCACAGACAGCAACAGCUAAGGCAUGCUAACUGGGCAACUGUGCUUAGGACUAGGAGGAAAACACUGCAGCAGGUCUGGGCGGGCGUUUGUUUUUAUAUGUUUAUCAGCUGAAAAGAACGGUUCGGUGGAAACGUGUGGCUUUUUUAGCCCACAGAAAUUAAUAACUUUAUUCUCUCGUGUUUUGACUAUGUGCUGUUGCAUUGGAUAGUGAUGCUGGUUCUGUCAGAUCUGACAUAGCUUUUGUGAUUUCCACCAGUGGGUCCGGAAUCUACUCAGCAGAUCUUGGCUUAUUUAGACUACGUCGGAGACUGGCAGACAUAGAUAGCUAAUAACAUAGUGUACUGUGCCUGAAAGAGGACCGCUGUGUUAGAUAUCGCCCACUUUUCGGGCGUUUUGAAUGGGGGGUAAACAAAGCACGGCGGGGCGGUCCCGGGGAGGUUUUCCGGGCGUCUCCACGGACGAUAGCGCGGUUACCCCAGCGGCCCACUUCGGGCACUACCGGACGGGCGGCGCUAUGGGGCUGCGCAGCCGCUCGGUCAGUUCGGUUGCUGGGAUGGGAAUCGACCCCGGUGUUGCAGUGCCGUUCGGUUUUUACGCCACUCGCGCGACUGGUGAGUCAGACAGGACCGGCGGAGGCUCCGGGUCGGACUCCCGUGGUAACGGCUACCACGAGACGAGCAGCGGUCAUCACACAGAUGGGGUGCUAUAUCUUGGAUCCCGGGGGUCGCUAGCGGACGCGUUACCACUCCACAUCGCACCUAGAUGGUUCAGUGCGCACAGCGGUUUUAAGUGCCCCAUUUGCUCUAAGUCCGUAGCAUCCAAUGAGAUGGAAGUUCACUUUAUAAUGUGUCUCAGCAAGCCCCGCCUGUCUUACAAUGAUGACGUGCUGAGUAAGGAUGCUGGUGAGUGUGUGAUCUGCUUGGAUGAUCUGCAGCAGGGGGACACAAUAGCCAGACUCCCCUGCCUCUGCAUUUACCAUAAAAGCUGUAUAGACUCCUGGUUUGAAAUAAACAGGUCUUGCCCAGAACACCCCUCUGACUGACCCAGGCUGGAUAUCCCUUCAUUACUAUUACAGGUCACUUUAUGGACUUGACCUAAACUUGCAUACCUGGAGAUCUGGACACAGAGACAACCAAAAAAACAAUACAUACAAAUAAAUAAAAACAAACCUCGAAACCUUUAACCCCGCCCCCCCAUAUCCCUUCUGUGUUCUGCAAAAGAAGUCUGAAAUCAUCUUGCCCCAUUUGAUCCCUAAUCCCUGAGCUUAUAGCUGAAGACACAAGAUUCUUCACAAAACAUUUUUAGAAAAUGAUGUCCUACAGCAAACGAGAAGAGUUGGGGAUUUCAUUGAUCAUGGUUAAGGCCGUAUUUUUUUCACGGUUAUCACAGACUUCAUGAUUUCUGUGAAAUGUACUCGUUGCCGUUAGGUCCACGUGAAAAAAAAUUCCCAUUUCUGAAAGAAUUGUGAAAAUAUAUAUAUUUUUUGUCACUUAAAAAAAAAGCAAAUGUUUGCCUUAUUUACGCACGGCUAGUUACACUGCAUUUAGGAACCUGGCAAAUGGUUUAGUUUACUUAUGGUAAAUGAUUGAACACACUGCACAGAGUUGCACAAUUUCUUUAUGUCAUCAAUGAAAAAGACACCAGCUCUGUCCAGUACAAGAAGAGGACAUUUCAAGUGUCUGUUGUUAUUUUAACUUUUAUUUAUGCUUUUAUUUUGUUUGAUAAUCCACUGAUUGUGAAAAUAGAAUGUCUUUAAAAUGUGGACAUAAACAAAAUAUUCUACAAAUAUCUUGAAAUACCUAUGAAAUGCUGUGAAAUAAGCAGUUUUCUUUACCGUGAAAAAAAAAUACAGCCCAGAUCAUGGUAGCUCUAAAACUUGACUUGAAAAAAUCUCUCUCUCAUUAACGAAAGGGCUUGGACAGAUGAUUUGGGAGGGGGGGAAGAGGAGUGGUGCUGGUUACAGAGUUGUAUGUCUGGAGGCUUAGUUAAAAACGCAAUUGAAUCAGAAGAUGAGUCACAUUUGAAUUCCUGGGUCUCUUCUGAGGCAUCUGAACUGAAGAAAAUUGACGAUGUGAGGUUCUUUUUUGGCAGUGCAGUUUGUUGGUCUGUCCUUGAAAUGUUUACAAAUUUAAUCUUUUGUGUGUGUGUGUUAUUAUUUUGCUGAUGUUUACAAUUUAUUAAGAAAAAUGGAUGAGCACUCUUAUUUCUACCUAGUUACACUUUGUGAGUGAAAGUUGCCAAAUAAGGCUACCUGUAUAAACUGUGUGUUUGUUGGUGAGCGAGAGUGGGUGGGUGGGUGUGAGUGAAUGUUUUUGGGGUGGGGUGGGCACCUUUUGGGGAGCUUAGCACUAUAUGUUGACUGAAUGCAAUCAAGUUACGGCACAUGGAGUGUUUCUUUUUCAAAGCACUUGAGGGAAGUGUUUAUUGUCCAAUGAAAGCUGUGGAAUGGUCCCAAGAUCAGAAUUGAAACCACAGGCAGUGUUGUAUAUGUUUGGGAAUUGAGAGAUUAAGCUAGAUUCAAUGUAUUCCCUAUAUAUCCAGAAAAGCCUUUUUAAACCACUCUGUGUACUGGGAACCACUUAAAUAUUUACUCUAGAGGCUGUGGGAUUUCUUUUUAUAUCAUUUAAAUUGAUGCCUGUUUUAGGAGGUAGAUCAUGUUUAAUGAUUUUGAUGUUUGAACUGUUGGCUGGAAAAGUUUGUGCAUUUAUAGUAAAAAAAUAAAUAAAUAAAAUAAAAUAAAAAAUAUAUAUAUACAUACUAAGAAAAAAA